GCGCAGAAAGCUUAUUCCACCUGCCAAUUUCCGGCUUGGUCCAGACAAUGGAGUUGUUUACAGUGUACAGUUGCGCAGACAAGGCACUGUCUGCCGAUAGUUCCUUUUCAGAACAAGCUUGGGAUAACUACCAGGAAAAGUACAUGAGUGAGGCAUACAGUGAAGAAACGCCAGACCAAGAAACGACCCGCCGACUUUUAGAGUUUGGAGACGACUACCGCAAUUAUCUGGACAGCCAGUCUGACGGCGCCUCCAGCCUGGGCUUUCCUCGUCCAGGUUUCAAUCGGAGGCGUAGACAGUUGGCAGUGGACAGGGAGAGCCUGGGCUUGGACAGUGACUCUGAGGGUCAAGAGGUUCGCAACCUCAUCACCAAGUCUCAAUCACAGCUCACCUUCUCUGAGCAAGCCUGGGUUCACCUCUCUAACGCCAACUCUCUUCUCGUCUUGGCCAAGGAUUUUGCGGAGAUUAUAUCGACAUGUAAAAGAUAACAUAGGAG